AUGAACAUACAUCUAAUAUUUGUUAUAAUUAUUUUUUUAUUGCAUAYUAGACAUAUUUCACCAGAGGCUAAAGAUCUGAUUGGAAGGUUAUUAAAAAAGAAUCCUGAUCACAGAAUAACAUUGUCAGGUAUCUUGGACCAUCCAUUUAUGCAGCCACAAUGUUUAUCAUCUCCUUCAAAACACCAUUCUUCAUACAGGUCAUUUGAGAAAUCUGUCGACAGUGGUAAAGGUACAAUGGCGACAAUGUCAACAAGUACUGGAAGGUCAUCAUGGUCCAGUGCCACACCAUUUACAAAGUCAACAGAGACUGGGUAUCACCAUAGUCGUACAACAGAUAAUGGUUGGUCAAGAGAUCGAGGAGCUCCACCAUCACCUCCUGUUAGACAGAGGGCAAGCUCUUGUCCAAGUACUGAAAAUGUGCACACAAGUGUGAAUCAACAUCAUCUGCGCGGUACGGAGAUGGCCAGUCUGACGUCUUUGAAUAAGAUGAAACCAACAACCUCAGACAUGUGGCUGUCAGAUAUUUCAACAUCUGCAACAUUUCCAAUGAAGAAAUUACAGGAGCCRCUCAUUGGUGUGGUUAGUGGAAAGACCAGUGGACUGCAGAAUAAAUUCAAAUCCUACAAUGCCAGCAAGUACAGCAGUUAUUAUAAUAAUAACUCUUUGGGUGAUAAGGAAAAACAAUCAGCUUUGGAGUCAAACAGCAGUGGCUUUCACAGUGCUGGAAAUCCAAGACUUAAUACUGAAAAUAAGUCAAGAUUAAGUGAUUACAAUAACAACCAAAUUACAGAAAACCAAAACAACAGAAAUCAAACAAUUUCCCAACAUAAACGGCAUGGCAGUGAUAGUGUUAGUAGAGAUUUUGAUUUGCCAGAGAAGAGAARCAGUCCAAGUGAGAAGAAAAACAGUAAAGGAAGAAAAGAGCACAAAUCUAAAAGUGAAUCUAAAGGAAAAUGUCUUGGUAAUGUCACUGAACCUUUGAAUGCACAGCGUCUACGACCAAUACGCCAGAAAACAAGAAAUGCCGUAGUAAGCAUUCUAGAAGAUUGUGAGGUGUGUUUGGAAUUGAUAUCCCAGGAUGGUAACCAAGAUGUAGUUGUUGAGGUGUUGAGAAUUUCUCCAAAUGGAAUGAAGAUUUCYGUUUGCCAUCCAAAUGGGAAACAUGGAAUUCCACUGUCUUCAGAGCCAUCAGAAAUACCACAUAACUCCGAUGGACAGUAUCUAUUCUCUAAUUUACCAUCAAAAUACUGGAAAAAGUACAAAUAUGCUGUGAAUUUUGUAAACUUGGUCCGUAAA